UUCGUCCAGUAGCUCAGUUCGAGGCAGAGACAGAAGUUAACAGAGGCCAGAGGCGUUAUAUUUCAUCUCUUACACUACAGCAAUCUGUCUAGAAGAUAUUAGAGGUAUUAUUAAUAAUUCACACGGUUGAUUAAACUUCACACGGGCGGCUAAUGGGCGGUUAUUCGGCUAACUAAGCUAACCAACCGUCACCGCUGUGCGCCUGUCAAACCGCUCCCUCCACUGUUCGUGUUUUGAGUUGUAAUUCAAACAUCUGGACGAGGUGGACGGGCACGAAACAUGACGAGUUUCGCCGCUAAAGUGUUCUGCAGGGUGGAGAGGCUGUGUCACCACCUGCCCGUGGCCCUCAACACCUUCCUGGUCUUCUCCAUAACCGGGGAGGUGAGCUACCUGGUGCUGGUCGAGGCUCCGCUGGAGGCGGACCAGAAGAAGACGGUGUGGUCCGCCUGGUGGAAGGUGGUUCACCUGCUGGCUCAGUACUUCAUGCUAGGAAACAUCUGCUGGAACGCCCUGCUCUUCCUGAAAACCAGCCCCAGCAUCAGAGGGGUGUUCCUGGGAGGGGAAGGCAUGGGGCAGGGCUGGAGGUACUGUUAUACCUGCGAGACACACACUCCUCCUCGCUGCUCCCACUGCUACGACUGUAAGGUGUGUGUGCUGCGGCGGGACCACCACUGUGUCUUUUUCGGCCAAUGCGUGGGCUUCCGCAAUUACCGCUACUUCCUGAGCUGCCUGUUGUUUAUGUGGUCGGGGCUCCUGUACGCCACACUGAUGAAUGCAGAGGUCUUCAUCGUCAUACUGAAGGAGGGCGUGACGGUGCACAGCGUCCUGCUGCUGCUCAUACCCUGGAUCAUGCUUGUUUCAGGCCAGGUCUCAGCACGUGCCUUUGCCUUCGCCUUCAUCGCUGACACAUGCGUGGUGGGUUUUCUGCUGGUGUCCGCUUUCUUCUUCUUCCAUCUCUUCUUGCUGUUUCGGGGUCAGACCACCAGGGAGUGGUACUCAUCCCGCCGACCCUACAGCCUGGGACUCCUGGGCAACCUGCGCCACACGCUCGGCACUCGCUGGUACCUCUGCUGGCUCUCCCCGCUCAUCCCAUCAGCAGUACCCGGAGAUGGGAUACACUUCGAGGUCACAGGAUCACUGGAACCCUACCGGUAACAGCUGACAGUCUGAACAAGCCAUGUGUCCUUACUUCAGUGGUGAUGGUUAAUGUUUUGGGAGCAUCAGCAGUUGGGAAUAUCACCUCAGUUCCGAAGAGGUAGGUUGGGAUGGGAAGAAGCUAGAAUAGCGUGUUUGUUUCAGAUGUUGCUGGUUAUAACCGUCAGCCGGUGUCCUCUCUGUAGCCUUUUGCUGUGCUGACACAUUGAGAAAUUAAGGGUCUUCUUUUGAAGGUACAUUGAUCUUGACCUAGAGGUAAUCUGUACACUCAUUGAGGCAGUCUGUAACACAGAAAUCAACUGUGAUCCUUUGAAAUACUGAGCACUGAAAAUAUAUGUUUAAAAAACUACUGAAUGAAUGUAUUUUAUUGAUGAUAAAAAAUUUAGACGUUAAAAAUCCUUAUUCACAAACUAUCGCAAUCCCUGACUGACUACUAGGGCAGUGGGGCUAAAUGGAGUGGUGAUAAAGGCUAAUUAUUUGUGUGUUUCCCAUGCACUUACGCUGUCUGAAUCUGAAAGUCACACAGCUGUGGCUUGCACUGUUCCUGAUUGGACCACAAGAUUAUCAUAAAGUACACAGUCAUUAACUUCCUGUUUGCUGUUGUGUAUUACUUGCUAGGACUGUGAUAUGCUUGUGCUUUCCACUUCUCUGCAUCCACUCCUGAGCUCCAGCUGAGUUUAUGACACUGACCUUUUCACUGGUAGUCAGUGUACCAGAUGGAACAGUGAGAGCACAAAGAUGAGAUUCACAAUGAUGUCUUAACACCUGCAGGGCAACACAUGUAAGCCCUAAAGAAAGCAAACAACAGAAAAAUACAGUACAUGGCAUGAAAUAUGGUGUUGCAGUUUACAGACUAAUUUAAAGUCAUUUGGUAAAUACAUUAUUUCAAAUCUGUCCUUUGAACGUGAUAUGUGAGCAGUCUUUCUCCAUGUGUCAUAUUACUUUGCCUAUGUUUCAGUCCAUAGCAACAUCUGUGUCCUGACAGAUAAUAUAAAUACUGAACUAUUUUAUGCAGUUCAUUUGAUACAAUACUAAUACUUUCAAACUGUACCUUCCAGUUAAAUUAAUCAAAAAGACAGCAAAAUGUUUUUCCAAAGAUUUUAAAGUUUUUGUUUUUCUGAGGUGUUCCUGUAGCAGUUUACCUGACAAUUUUUAAGUAUGUUUCAUGUUGUCAUCUGCUUCAAUUCAGAAUAUGAUACAACACUUGAUGCAAUCUGGAAUUACCUCACAACAAUCCUUAUUUUCCUCUUCUGCACUUUUUGCUUUGUUUUUAACUCUCCUGGCCUUAAAAUGUUGUGAAAAUUACAAGCCUUUGUUUUGACUGGUGCUUUUACUUGCCAUUAAAUUUACAUUAUCACCAAAAAUAUUAUUAGCAAGUGUUAUUGGUUGUUUUGCCUAUCAUAUAUGUCUGCUUAAUUGCUUUUUUGAUGGUGUUUGUUAUGGGUCCUAUCAUUUAUUGUUUAAUUUUGUAAUUUAAAUGUGUUUAAAUAAAUUGUAUGAAGGGAAGUACCAGCUCGCUGAUAAUGUUAUUUUUAUUAUUGUGAAUUUUGCACCCUUGAAAUUGUUGUGGUGUAACCUGUAUUGAACUGAUUAAACUUGGGUUUGAAUUUC